AUGCUCGCUCGCAUCGUCUUCUUCGCCCUGGCCGUCACCGCGCCACUCGUCUCAGCAUCAGCGGCAUCUCAAUUCAACCUGAAUGUAGACUACAACCCAUCAUUGUGCUGGUUGAAAUGCCAUGCCGCCACCAUCGCGACCGUGCACAAUCUCGAUGACGAUCCUCUGGGAAACAAUGAAGCCUUAGGAGCCAACUGCGCAGAUGUUCCAUACAUCACGACCAUGCCCAUCUGCCUCAUCACCGCUUGCGAGUCGGCGCCGGACGUGGCGUAUGCCGUGGAGUUUGGACAGAGAUGGUGUGCUAAGGCGGGAGUGGACGUCAGCAAUACCCUGGUCCUACCUGCGGACUAUACGGAGGGUGUUGCGAAGGAGUACUUUCAGUGA